CGAGUAAUCUCGCUUGAACCCAGGGAUUCGCUCCUCCCAGUUUCUUUAUCCGAGCCUUCUCUACUCAGGUUAUCUGCUCAUCCACCACUGGCCAAGGCAUUGCACGGAGAAACACAUUCAUACCCCCAAAAUUUUAAAGGGUUUUAAUUAGGCGUUUUUUACAUAAUAACAUUUGCGUGUUCAAAUCUCCUUAAGCCUCUAAGCCUUCAAGGCCUCAUUGUUUGAUAUUUACUUCUCGUCCAUUUGAUGGGGAAAUCGUAUGUCGUAGUCGUGGGUUUGGAGCCAGGUAUAUAUCCGAAUUGGAUAGAAUGCAGUGGACAAACCAAAAAAGUUCCAGGCGCUGUUUAUCAAAGCUUUGAUACGUACGAGGAAGCUCUUGCAGUAUGGCUCGGAGCCUUGCAAAGGGGUGAAGUGAGGGCCGUCCGACCAAAUGCAGGCGCUGCGGCAGCUCCUGCCACUAGAAUCAAGAAUGAGAUGGAUGGUAACAUGUACCAGCCGGUGACUCCGAGCAAAAUGGAUCGUGUCGCCACCAGCGCUCGUACUGUCAAUGUGCAGUCGCGCCAGACGCUAUGGGAUAAUGUGCCCCUACCCCAUUCUCCACGCCAAAUGUUGUCACCAGAACCACCAACUGGAGUGACGCAGUACGUGGAACUACAGGACGAUCCUUGGCUUCAGCCAGAAAGAGGAUUGUCACCCCGAGUCACCGUGGAGAAUACAUCUUACACAUCUUCAAGUUCUUGCGUAAAUGAAGCGUCGCAUUUACUGAUGAGAUCCCGCCCCAGUCAUAUCAGAAGGGUCGAAUCUUCCCCCGCCUCAUCCCUGACGUCCAUAGAGGAAACAACAUCCCCUCGAAAUCUACGUCGACAAGCGACUGCUCCUGCGUCAUUCGAGACGGGAGCGCGGUAUCCCACUAUCGAAGAGAUACGUAAAGGUCAGAAUUUGGAUCCUCGCGUCAUGAUUCCGCCUUCAAGGAUAUUUGAUCCUGCAAAUGUCAAACCUCGUCCAGGGGGUGUUUCCGGUCGCAGAAAGAAUGGCCAGAUGGAUGCAGAAUUAACGAGUCCUCAUUAUUCUACAACGCACCUUGUGCGAGAUCGUCUGCCAGCCGUCGAUUAUCCAGAAGACGACGAGCAAUCUAUUUCUUCUCUCCCACGACACCGAGUUGCCAACAAAGGGAAGAGUCGAGCACCCACAAAUGCUGCAACUGAAGCACGCGCAUGCGGUUAUGUUUCCGCCGCCGACAGUCAACAUUCGUUCUCGCAGUACCCUUACCAUAUUCAAGAAGUCUACUCGCUUGAUAGGCCUGAACAGCGCAGCGUUGUUGUCGUGCACUGUCCACCAGGGAACGGCUGCUGUCAUAGACACUGUGAAAGCGCGUCUGCCUGUAGUGCAGUAAUGAAUGACAGGGUUCAAUCGCGCUACGCCGAUGUUGGAGUCUCUCCGACAAUAUCAAGUGUGAGCUUGGCUCGCACAAACUCCAAUGUACAGGAUCCCGGAGCGCGGGUCUCUGAUGCCUCAAGUAGGCAGGGGUUCCAUUCUCUUUUAGGAUUUUCCUCCAUGCCCCAAGUUUCGCAUAGCAGUCACGCUGUCGAAUCGGACGUCCGUUCUCCAUUUGCACGAGGGACAAGAAUCCCAUCAGGCCUAUCCGAGUUGUCGAUAUUCGGACGACCAUCCCCCGUGAUGCAGGGCUCGCCAGCGAGGGACAGGCACCGCAGCGUGGUGAUCAGCCGAGCAUGAUAUGAGGAUCAGACUAUCAGUUCAAGCCGACAUGUCCAUCAGAAGAUACCCCUGGCUUAAAGGAUCUUGAUUCCUGAUGCCUUGUUUGACUGGCAUAGCAGUUGGCUUCUUAUUGGUGCCCGGAUUUAAAGCACAUAUUUCUUCAUGUACUUGGUCAAAAGGACAGAGGGGUGCAAGGUAGCAAAUGAUGGUCAA